AUGCCCUCAGAUUUUGAUGAACUAGAACCACUUCAUGCAAAUGAUCCACAAGCCAAUAAUCACUAUGAAGGGUCACAAAAAGUAAAGGCCAAAAAGCACCCUCAUGGGGCAUGUGGAGGCCAAGUUGUUACAUUCCUUCAUGGUUCUUUUACUAGGUUGUGUGACACAAAGUGGUGGAACAUGAACCUAUGCCAACAUGGGGCAAGGAAAACCAAGCGCAUCAAGAACAACUCUUGUGUGUUUCAUGACAUGGAGGGUGUGCAACUCUCUACAAAGAUUGGAAGGGACAGCAACAACCCAAGAAUUUUCAGCUAUGCUGAGCUUUACAUAGGAUCAAGGGGUUUCUCUGAUGAAGAAGUUCUAGGAAGUGGAGGGUUUGGCAAAGUGUACAAGGCUGUUAUGCCUAGUGAUGGAACAGUGGUUGCUGUGAAGUGUUGCUUAGCAGGGAAAGGACACAAAUUUGAGAAGACUUUUGCCGCAGAAUUAGCUGCAGUGGCUCAUCUUCGCCACAAGAACCUUGUUCCUUUAAGGGGUUGGUGUGUUUUUGAGGAUCAACUCUACCUUGUGUAUGAUUACAUGCCUAAUAGUAGUCUUGACAAGGUACUAUUUCGUAGGCCUGAGAAGAACUUGAAGGAAGAGACUCUUGGUUGGUUGAGGCGUGUGAAGAUUGUGAAAGGUUUGGCAGCUGCAUUACACUAUUUGCAUGAACAGUUGGAGACUCAAAUCAUUCAUAGGGAUGUGAAAGCCAGCAAUGUCAUGCUUGAUUCCCAUUAUAAUGCUAGGUUGGGUGAUUUUGGAUUGGCAAGGUGGCUAGAGCAUGAGCUUGAGUAUGAAGCAAGGAAGGCCUCAACAAAGUUUGACCAUUUCAGGAUGAGUGAGACAACAAGGAUUGGUGGCACAAUUGGGUACUUGCCCCCUGAAAGUUUUCAGAGAAGAAGCAUAGCUACCUCAAAAUCUGAUGUUUUUAGCUUUGGGAUUGUGGUGUUGGAGGUGGUGUCUGGAAGGAGAGCUAUUGAUCUUACAUACCCAGAUGACCAAAUCAUCUUGCUUGAUUGGGUUAGAAGGCUUAGUGAUGAAAGGAAGCUAGUUGAUGCUAGGGAUGCAAGGCUAAUGGAUGGUUCCAACAAGGUUUUUGAGAUGGAGCACCUGAUUCACAUAAGCCUCUUGUGCACACUCCAUGACCCACAAUUUAGACCAAGCAUGAAGUGGAUUGUGGAAGCACUUUCUGACAUGUCAAACAAAUUGCCAACACUCCCUUCAUUUCACUCCCAUCCUAUGUAUGUCUCUUUGUCUUCAUCAUCAGAAACUAGUCCAAGCAGCACAAAAGGCACAGGCUCAAGUUCAGGCUCAGGAUCAGCAACAGAGAAUGCUAGCAUUAGCAAUCAUACUUGUUUAAAUUCCAAGUAUGUCACAGCCACAGGAGACACUGUUUAUGUAACUGCUGAAGUUGAACCAAGAAGCAGUGGAAUGAGCUCUUCUAAGAGUAGAAAGAUCAUGCAUAGGCAACCAUCAUUUCCUGUGGUUGAAACUCCUAGGGAGAUACCAUACAAGGAUAUUGUUUCAGCGACUGACAAUUUCUCUGACUCAAAAAGGGUGGCAGAGCUAGACUUCGGAACUGCCUACCAUGGCAUCCUUGAUGGACACUAUCAUGUCAUGGUGAAACGCCUUGGCUUGAAAACAUGCCCUGCAUUGCGCCAAAGAUUCUCCAAUGAACUAAAGAACUUGGCAAGACUUCACCACAGGAAUUUGGUGCAGCUUAGAGGGUGGUGCACUGAGCAUGGAGAGAUGCUUGUGGUUUAUGAUUACUACUCAGCUAGAAGAAUUCUGAGUCACCAACUUCACCAUCAUAACAAUGGUAGAAAUGGUUGUAAUUCUGUCCUCAAAUGGCAUCACAGAUAUAACAUAGUGAAAUCACUUGCAUCUGCACUUCUCUAUCUGCAUGAAGAAUGGGAUGAACAAGUCAUUCACAGGAACAUAACCUGUUCAGCUAUCAUUCUUGAACAUGACAUGAAUCCAAGACUAGGUAGCUUUGCUCUGGCUGAAUUCUUGUCAAGGAAUGAGCAUGGCCAUCAUGUAAUCACUGAUAGGAGAAAAUCGGUUCGUGGGAUUUUUGGCUACAUGUCACCGGAAUAUGUGGAAUCCGGCGAGGCAACCGCUGCUGCUGAUGUUUAUAGUUUUGGUGUGGUAGUGCUUGAAGUUGUAACUGGACAUAUGGCUGUGGAUUUUAGGCAACCAGAGGUGCUGUUGGUAAAGAAGGUUCAUGAAUUUGAGAUGAGAAAAAGACCACUUGAGGCAUUAGCUGAUAUAGGACUAAAUGGUGGGUAUAAUUACAAAGAACUAAUGAGAUUGGUAAAGUUAGGAGUUGCAUGCACCCGUUCUGACCCGACAUUAAGACCAAGCACUAGACAAAUUGUAAGCAUUCUUGAUGGCAAUGACAAAUUAAUCAUGGAGGAGAGCAUGGAGAGCAUGGAAGAAUGGAGACUAAGAAAUGCUUGUUCUUUGUCACUGGUUAAGAGAAUCCAAGCUCUAGGAAUACAAUGAAAAGUUGCACAAGAAAAUGC